AUGGAAAGGAUCGGCGUAUGUUUAAACUUUGAACUAUACGGGAACUGGUUCAAAGUUCCCAUUCGUUCUGGGAGCACUGCAUCAUUCUGGCAUGAUAAUUGGACAGGGCUAGGACCCUUGAUCAAUAUCACAGGAGCAAAUGGUCCGAGAGUCACUGGAUUAAGCUCAGCGCUAACUGUCAAACAAGCUGCUUUAAGGGGUGCUUGGUCUAGGCCAAGGGGAAGGCACCCUAUCUUAUUACUGAUGCGCGCUUGCCUUCCUGACUUGCCCGCUGAUAUAAACUCUUCUCUCCCAGAUAUUUUUCUAUGGCGUAAUACUAUGCAUCUGCCUCCUGCUGCUUUUUCUUCUUCUUUGACGUGGAGUACUUUACAUCCGAUGCCACCUACUGUCGCCUGGUACUCCUCGGUUUGGUUCUCAGGAAAUAUCCCAAAACAUUCUUUCAUCACUUGGGUUGCUGCUCGUGAUAGAAUGCCGACACGGGAUAAGCUUAGAAGGUGGGGUUUGGAUGUUACUCCGUUGUGCCCUUUGUGUGAUUCAGCUGAUGAGACUCCACUCUCACCUCCUAACAGUUUUGAGCAGACCAUGGUGUGGCUAAGGUCUUGUACGAAUGUCGCAAAGCUCAAAGUAAUGUGUAAGAUCAUUUUCCAAGCGGCAGUUUAUAUUAUUUGGAAAGAAAGGAACUCAAGGAUUCAUAAUGCAUCAUCUCGGCCUGCUUCUUCUCUGUUGCAAGAGCUGCAGUUAAUUCUAAGAGCCAAGCUUCAAGGUUUGGAUCAAAAGGAAAGCUUUGGUUUCAGUACUUUCAACCAUAGCUUCUUCAAGUACGUUUCAUUGGAAGUGUGA